UGUUAGCAUUCCAAAGGGUCAAGGAACUCUUCCAGGGCAAACAAAUUCUGGAGCACUGAUGCCAGAUGGUGUGUAUAUAAAGUGGAAAAUGGGAAAAGCAAUUUACUGUGUUCCUGUUCCAGGGAGAAGUAUCACCCAGAAGGAAAGCAAAAGAGGAAAAAGAGCUGAAGAACAAUGCUGAGGUUUGCUAUCACCCUCCUUGCUCUCAUAACAUCAUCCACCUGCCAAAAAUAUGGAUGUCUGGAGGGGGAUACCCAAAAACUGAAGCCAGGUCCUGAGCCAAAGAUGCAAGAGUGCACUCUCUACUCUAAAUUUUCCUGUUGCUAUGCAGACUUCACAGAGCAAUUGGCUCAUUCCCCAGUAAUUAAAGUAAGCGACAGCUACUGGAACAGAUGUGGGCAGCUCAGUAAAUCCUGUGAAGAUUUCACAAAGAAAAUCGAGUGUUUUUACCGGUGUUCUCCAGAUGCUGUUUACUGGAUCCAUCCCAAUGACACUGCUGCUAUCCAGGCUGUUCCAUUGUGUCAAAGCUUUUGUGAUGACUGGUAUGAAGCCUGCAAAGAUGAUUCCAUAUGUGUUCGUAACUGGCUGACAGACUGGGAGUGGGAUAAAAAUGGAGAAAACCACUGUAAGGAUAAAUGUAUUCCGUACCGUGAGAUGUACGCAAAUGGGACUGAUAUGUGCCGGAGUAUGUGGGGGGAGUCAUUUAAGGUGAGCGAAUCCUCCUGCCUCUGCUUGCAAAUGAACAAGAAGGACUCGAUUGCAAUCAAGUAUCUCCUCUCCAAAAGCUCAGAGGAAAGCUCCAGCAGCAGCAGCAGCAGCAGCAGUGAGGAGCAUGCCUGCCAAAAUAAACUCCUGAAGUUCGAGAAACUAAAGCAAAAGAAAGGUGAACAGACAAGAUAAAUGCUAGUGGAUGUAUGUCAGCACAAGAGAAAUCGUGGUGGAGGCUGGGCUCGGGGCAUCAUGCCAGCCUGCUCUAUCCCUUCCUUUCUAGAACAUAAUAAAUCAAUGCCUGGUUCUAUUAA